CCUACUCCCCCCCUCCUUCUCUCACGUUGUCGGGGGCUUUCUUCUCCCCUCACUUCUACGUCUCUUUCUCUUCUCUCUUAGACCCUCUGAAUGUCCGCCUCUUCUACCUCCACCCCCCAUUGAGUUCGUUCGUUACCGUCGCGCCCAUUACGUCAGCUCGAACCCACGAUGGCGUACAACAGAUCCUACAAUCCGGAUGCGCUCCCUGCACAUGCCGAGCCUGAACAGGUCGCCCAGAUGAUGGGUGCCAUGUCCACCGGUCCCCCCCAGCAAAAGCCGCCUCGAAGCUCACCCCAGGUCCACGGCGGUGUGCCAGCGCGAGUGCCCGUCUCCAGCGCCCCCUCCUCCCAACACCACUACCCGGCCUCGGGCGCGCGUCCUCUCCCCUCGCAACAAUCGUACCAUUCCAAACCGACCCCUCCAAUGAAGAACCCCUACAGCGCGAAGCCGCAGCCUCCACCGCCAACCACGCAGUCGCGCCCGAAUCUCCACCCGUCGCCGCCCCCACAGAACUACGGUUUCGGGCCCCCGCCCGCCCAGCGCACCCGUCCCCCACAAAUGUCGCGACCGCCGCUGUCGCCCAACCCGCCUCCGCUGUCCGCGCCCGAGGACGACCCGCAACAGCUCUUCCCGCUCUUCCGGGCGGCCAACGCGUCGCACACGGGGGCCCUAACGGAGCUCGAGCUGGGGUCGGCGCUCGUCAACGGCGACUUCACGUCGUUCCACCCGCGGACGGUGAAAGUGAUGAUCCGCAUGUUCGACCGCAACAAAAGCGGGACGAUCUCGUUCGACGAGUUCGUGUCGCUGUGGCGGUACCUGGCGGCGUGGCGGGAGCUGUUCGACCGGUUCGACGAGGACCGCAGCGGGCGCAUCAGUCUGCCGGAGUUUGAGAAGGCGCUGGUCGCGUUCGGGUAUCGGCUGAGCCCGUCGUUUGUGACGGUGCUGUUUACGACGUUCGAGAGCAAGGGGAAACUGAUGAGCGAUCCGCGCAAGGGGCCGGUGCAGAUGGGGAUGAGCUUCGAUCUGUUUGUGCAGGCUUGUAUCAGUCUGCGGCGGAUGACGGAUGCGUUCAAACGGUACGAUGAUGAUCGUGAUGGGUAUAUCACUGUCAGCUUUGAGGAGUUUUUAACGGAGAUUCUUCAGUUACAGGAUUAGACGGUUGAUGUUUUCUCUUUAUUGUUUUCUGUCCUGCGCAUGCGGUUUGACGCAUGCACACAACACGUGGAACUACUGUAUAUACCCAUAUCAAACUCGAC